AUGAGUGAAGAAGAGGAAGUGAAAGUUAUUGCUGGUGAAGAUUCGGAAGAGGAGGAAGAAGAAGAAAUUGAAGAACCAACAACAAAUCAAGCAAAUGUUGUUGCUAUGGUAAUUGAUGAAGGUAAAAAUGUGGACGGAGAGGAUGAUGAGGAAGAAGAGGAACCACAGGAAAUUGAAGGAGAAGACGAUGAAGAAGAUGAGGAAGAGGAGGAAGAACAACCUGCUGCAACAACUACAUCUUUGUCUGUAACCACUACUGUAACAAGCACUGUUCAAAAACCUACUACAACAAACACAGCUACCACAUUGACAACGCCAUCUGUUGCCUCUCACGAAAGGACAUCAUCAAGUGCUUCGAACGUGAGUGAAGGAACAACAACCAAUACAUCCAUUACUACCAAUCCACAAAUUUCAGAUACCAUUUCGGAAUCUGCAACACCAGUUACACCUACUGCAUCCCAACAAGGUGCAGCUCUUGUGGAGGGAGCCACCAGAAAGUUGUCAACCUUUUGGAAAUCAUUCAAGAGUAAUGUAGCUACUGUUGUAACCACAACCAAUCAAGCUAUUACCUCUACUAGUAUUAUUACUUCGACACCACCUCAAGGUACAACUGUUCCUCCUUCAACAACUUCUCAAGUAGUGACAUCAACAAGUGAAACGACCACCACUGUUGUGGAAAAAACCAAUGGUGAAACAAAUGUAAAUAAUGAAAUAUCAGAUGAAGAGCCACAACCACCAAAAACACCUCCACACAAUCAAAACACUCAACCAACAUCUGGAUCUCCAAGUUAUUCAACUUAUUUCUCUGGUGUUCUCAACAAGCUUAAGAGUGAAUUACAGACCUCUACUCUUGCAGAGCCAGUUGAAAAGUUGAAGAAGGCACUAACUGGAGAGCCAAGCCAUGAUCUGAAAAAUCCUAAUCAAAUUAUUCUUAAAGUUACACACAGAAUGAAAGAUUUGAAACAUUCAAAUGAACAAUUAGAGCAAACAAUUCACACCAAGUACUCAAAUACUUUGGAACAUAUCAAUGUAGAAUUAAUGAGAUUGAGUAAUGGAAUGACAAGAACCCUUCAAAAUAUGCAACAAACACAAUUACAUCUCAAAAAGAGUAGUGAAAAUGUAUCAAACUUGUUGGCUGCUAUUGAAUCAUGUCAGCAACCUGUUGUUGAAAAUAAAGAAGGUUCUAAUUAAACUC